CUCCACACUAUUGACCUUCACACCGAUGACCUUCACUCUGUUGUUGACAACAACCUCCACACUAUUGACCUUCACACCGAUGACCUUCACUCUGUUGUUGACAACAACCUCCACACUAUUGACCUUCACACCAAUGAUCAUCACUCUGCUGCUGACAACGACCUUCACACUGAUGACUUUCACUCUCUUAUUUGCAUAAACAUGACUUGCUUUUUAGCUGAAUUUUACACAAGGACCACACUGUCCUGUCAGCAAACUUGCAAGCUGUUAGCUGUGUGUUAAGCCAUUUUUUUUUCCAGUACUAUCUGAGCUGAUGUUGGCAGGAUCAGAAUACCAUUAAAGACAUAGUUUGUGUGUGUUUCUGUGUGUACUGUAUCAUUCUCAUGUUCCGACAGGUUCCGAGCUGCUUGGUAAGUCCACCCGCGUUUUGUUCUCCUCCCUGGGGGUUUGCAUCUGCUACGCUCUGGGCUACACCUGCCUCCCCAUCUUUGCCUACUUCAUCCGGGACUGGCGGAUGCUGCUGAUGGCCCUGACAGUUCCUGGGUUCCUCUGCGUCCCACUGUGGUGGGUCAUACCCGAGUCGCCCCGCUGGUUGCUCACUCACGGACAAGUGGAUAAGGCUGACGCCAUUAUUCGGGCCAUCGCCAGAAAGAAUGGUGUUAACGCCCCAGAGGUUAUAUUCAAGACGGAGGACGGCUCUCAGCUGCUGAGAAAAACAGAGCCUCAGAGAAUGUACACCAUCCUCGACCUCGUAAGAACAGCUAACAUCAGGAACAUCACUAUCCUGAACACCAUUAUUUGGAUUGUCACGUCCAUGACCUACUACGGCCUUUCCCUGAACACCCCCAACAUGGGUGGGGACCCCUACCUGAACUGCUUCAUUUCCGCCGUCACAGAGAUCGUGGCCUAUGUGGCCACGUGGCUCUUCAUGAGAUACACCGUCCGCCGCUUCACCCUCAUCUUCCUCUUCCUGUUGUCGGGGGUGACGCUUCUCGUCAUCAAGUUCGUCCCUGAUGAGCUGGAUGCGGUGGUGCUGGUUCUGGUCAUGCUGGGUAAAGGGGGCAUCACUGCAGCCUACUGCUUCAUCUACGUCUACUCCACGGAGAUGUUCCCCACCGUACUACGGAACACAGGCAUGGGGGCAAUCUCUACAGCCACCCGUGUUGGUACCAUCAUCUCUCCCUACAUUGCCUACAUCGGAGAUUACAACAAGGUCGCCCCCUACCUCCUGAUGGGCGGCGUCACCGUCUUGGUGGGCUUUCUUAGUCUGCUGCUUCCCGAAACCAAAGACAAUGAGCUUCCAGAGCUCAUCAGCCAAGUCAAACCCAUCAUGUGCAAAUGUGCUUCCAAGAAGUCGGAAAGGGCCUGCACCGAUUCCCUUGGCACGGAAACAGAAGUGUCACCAUCGUAGCGGGGUGUCAAACAGUACCUGGGAGCUGCCCACGGACACACCUACACCAUAACCGGACCCUCAGUGUGAUGUCUAGGAUGAGGUGGAAAAUAUAGUUCAUGAGCAGUGUAGCGUCAUGUUUGGGAUCUGUCUCUUGGGCUGGGUUUGUGGGAUUUGGUUCAGGUUCUAGUCCAGUUCUGGGUACCCUCUUUGAUUUUCUACUCAUUGUUCACCUGGCUGCAACUGUAAAGCCAUCCAGAUCAAAACCAGAUAUAAAUAUGUUUACAGAC